CGCGGGUGCGUUGCAUAUUCCCAUAGGACAUCUGACCCACUGCCACGUGCCCUCGAACAAGACAAAGGCCGUUUUGGGCCUGUCUUCCGGUUGUGGAGCAUAGGCGACUAGAGCCGAUGACAUCCAGAAGGUCGUCGAUACGAGAGAUCUGGGGUGAUCUGGCGACUGAGGUUACAAUCACCUUCCCCGGGGAUUUUGCAGGAGGAGGGGGUACCAUCAGCAACACCUGUGGAGGGGGAGGUGGCAGCAACGAAGGGGGACGUAGUAGCAGCAGCAGCAGCAGCAGUGGAGGGGGAGGUGGCAACAGUGGAGGAGGAGAUAGCAGCAGCGGCGGAGGAGGAGGCACCAUCAGCAGCCGUAGUGGAGGGGAGGUGGCAGCAGCGGAGGAGGAUAUAGCCGCAGCGGCACAGGUGCCGGAUGUUGCCAUGAAUCGUGAUGGUGCGGACGACGCUGAGGGUGGUGAGGCCGUCGAGGAACACCUCGUGCAGCAGUUCAUCACGGAGGAGCUCGAUCCGGUCGUGGCGGGUAUCACCUCGGGUGUGGCGAGGGGGUUGGGGAUGUUGGAUUCGGAGAUGGGGACCCACUUCGACUUUGACAUGUCGACGGGCCUUCCCCCUAGUUGUGGCGGGGCGGCAUCGACGGAUCGGGCGCCAUCGAGGGGCGAGGCGGAAAGCGAGAAGGGGACGCAGACCCCGAGAGACAGAACGACGUCAGAGUCUCCAGAUGCAACACGCGACAUCAUGGAGCGAGAGAGGGCUCGACUGAUGGCAUCCAACGACCCUCGUGCUCAGGCAUUCGUACGGGCCUUGGAGGAGCGCAGGCGACGAGAGAGAGGGAGAGAUGUUGGGCAAGGUGGGGCAGUGGUGGGGGAGGACGCUAUGAAGGUCGUGGCAGCAAAGGCGGAGGAGGGUAUGGAGGGUGGGCCAUAACCAGUGGAUGAGGCUAUGGAGGGUGGAGAGGGGCGAUACAGGGGGCCUGGAGACGCACUGGUGGCAGCUCAUGAGACA